AGAGAGAUAGGGAGAGGAGAUUGGUGUGGUGGGGGGCGCGGACUAGGCGGGGCACGUUGGAGAGAUGGAAUCCGGACCUUAAGGUGUGGAGGGGGGGGGGAGAGUGCGAGGUGCGGUUGAGGGGAUUUGAAAAGAGGGCGGAGCCUCCCGCGAGCGCGCUCAACCCCCAACAACGUCCGAAAAAGGCUGCGCCUGUCGGAGGAAGGAGGGAGUUGGGGGCGCGCGCGCGCCCGGCCUCGUCAACCGCCAGCCGGCUCUGUCGUCGGUGCUGUUACCUCAGAGAAGCGGCGGCGCUUGGGGUCGCGCGCCACACCCCCUCCGGUGAGCCGGACGGAUUGGAAAUGGCGUCCUCGCCGGUUCCUGAGUCGGCCCCAGAGCCGGGGGGCAGCGGCACCCAUUCGGAGCGGGAGCUCCUGCUCCGUCGCGGGGAGCUCCUGGCGCUGGGCAACCACCUGAAAGAGGCUCUGGAGACUUACUCGGCGGCGCUGCGCCUGGGCUCGCCCAGCUCCCGCCGCCGCCUGGGCGCGCUGGUGGACUGCCUGGUGCUGCACUACCGUCUCCGGCAGAGCGGCGAGAGAGCGGGCGACGCGCCGAGGGAGGGCGGCGGAGGGAGAGCGGCGGCGGCGGCGGCAGUGGCGGAGGAGCAGCCGCAGGGGACCGCCGGCCGGGAAGACGGCUCCUCCGCGGGGCUCUUCCGCUGCCCCGGCUGCGAGGGCUUCUUGGGCGAGCCGGUGGUGGCGCCGUGCGGGCACGCCUACUGCCGCCGCUGCGUCCACGAGCACCUCCGCGCCCGCUGCCGCCGCUGUGGGGACCCGCUGGCUUCGUCGCCCGUCGCCGUCGCCCUGGGACACCUGGCAGAGAAGUGGUUCCCGGAGGAGUGCAAGAGGGCUCGCACCUGGCGGCGCCUAGGAGAGAUGCUCGUGCAAGGGCAGCUGCGGGAGGCCAGCGAAGCCGCCAGCCAGGCCCUCGAAGACGAUCCUAGUGAUUUGAUACUACGGGUUUAUAGAGCUGAAUCCUAUGCUGGCCUCCAAGAAUUUAAAUCUGCCCUGGAUGACCUGGAUGCUGUUACUGCUAAAAUGCCAAAUUGGUCUGAGGUCUACUUUCGGAGAGCAAGAAUACUUAAUAAUGCUGGCUCUAAAGAUGAUGCCUUACAGCUCCUUCUUCAUUGCCUAGCCCUUGAUGAAGAAUUUAUUCCGGCAAAACUAGAAGUUGAGAAGAUGCUGUGUGAUUUGUUAUCACCAGAAAGUGUGAGAAAGAGUCUGAAGGAAUCUGCUAUGAAUUCUUCGCAUGUUCGAAGUAAACCAUUUAUACAUGGUUCUGAAAUGGAAGAGUCCUGUGAAAAUUUACAGCACAGUUCAGAGCCAAAUUUAGAAAUGCAAGAGCCUGUUGGAGGAAGCCUGCAUCGUGCACAGUCUGCCCAUUCUCUCAACUCAACAGAAACAAAUGCCAAAGACGAUGGAUUAAAAAGGGUUUCUUCUGAACCUCUGCUUUCCAGCGAAGAGAAAGGUGCUUUAUUAAAAAGAAAGUGGUCCCUUUCAGAACAAGAUGUUAAAGUUAUUGAAGAUGGAAGGAAUAAACAUAAAAAACAAGGAGAAACUACAAAAAGGGAUGCCACCUUUCCAUUCAAUUAUGGACCAGUUCCAGAGGAUUUGAUUGAUGUUUCAGACUUUGAGUGUUCAUUGUGUAUGAGGCUUUUCUUCCAUCCUGUGACAACACCCUGUGGCCAUACUUUCUGUAAGAAUUGUUUAGAACGAUGUUUAGACCAUUCUCCUCAGUGUCCUCUCUGUAAAGAAAGCUUAAAAGAGUAUUUGGCAAGUAGACAAUAUAGAAUUACACAGCUGCUGGAAGAACUAAUAGUAAAGUAUUUACCUGCUGAGCUAUCAGAGAGAAAAAGAAUUAAUGAUGAAGAAACGGCUGAAUACUCAAGCUUGACCAAGAAUGUUCCAAUCUUCAUUUGCACUAUGGCCUAUCCAACUGUGCCUUGUCCCCUCCACGUGUUUGAGCCAAGGUAUCGACUGAUGAUUCGAAGGAGUGUAGAAACAGGGACAAAACAAUUUGGGAUGUGUAUCAGUGACCCUAAAAAUGGCUUUGCAGAUUAUGGCUGCAUGCUGUACAUUAGAAACCUUGACUAUCUCCCAGAUGGACGGUCUGUUGUUGAUACAGUUGGAUUAAGAAGAUUCAGAGUUCUGCAAAGAGGGAUGAAGGAUGGCUACUACACUGCAGACAUUGAGUAUUUAGAAGAUAUAAAGGUUGAAGAUGAAGGUGAGAUGAAGAAACUUGGAGUGCUUCAUAAUUUUGUAUAUAGCCAAGCUUGCAGUUGGUUCCAAAGCUUAAGAAACAAAUUUCGUAGCCAAAUACUUCAGCACUUUGGUCCAAUGCCAGAGAGGGAAGGAAACAUACAGGAAAUGGCUAAUGGACCCGCAUGGUGUUGGUGGCUUCUAGCUGUCCUGCCUGUGGACCCUAGAUAUCAGCUUUCUGUGCUGUCUAUGAGAUCUUUGAGAGAACGACUAAUAAAAAUUCAAGAUAUAUUGAUGUAUUUCUCUAGAGACCAGUCCAAAUGACUGACUGACUGGAUCUAACUGAAACAAUACUCUAUUCUAGCUGUAACUACAGCUGGAGUUCUUGCAGCAUUUGCACUUUUAGUACUGGUCUGAGAACUGUAUCAGAACUGCUUUCUUUCUUCCUUUAUUAAUCAGUUCUUCACAUGGGUCCCCUCAACUUGAAGGGCACCACUAAAAUUGCACACAGAAAAAUUAAAUCCGGAAAAAAACUAUGGGGAAAUUCUACUUUAUUUGCACUAUAUACAAGUGAGAAUGUAUCAUCCUCUGGUGUAUUUCCACUGAUUAGUUAAGAAGCAUUGGAAAGUGUAAGAUUUUAAAAUGUCCAAGUUUACAAUAUUAAGGAUGCAUUCAAAAUCUUGCAAAUCAGAACUUGCCUCCGAUACAGCACCCUGUUGCUAUUUGCACAAAGUAUUUAAAACGUAGUAUUGAAUGUUGCUAUAAAAAACUUCUGUUUUGUGAGUGUCUUAACUAUAAAUAUGGCACAAGUUAACUUUCUUGCAUACUUUCAAAAUAAAAAUGAUUGUAUGAAUUUGGAGCCAUGUUAAAGAACAAUUGAAAAAUAGGUUGGUCAAGAAGUUAUUGAAACUGUGAACACAUUACCUAUAACUGUGCAUUGUGAGAGACUGGAUUAGAUACAGAUGACUACUAGGUGACUCUUUGGAGUGGUUGCUUUGAGCACUAGUCUUUCCAAUAUAUAACGAAAAUAUGAUUUAAUGCACUAAGUAUACAACAGUGAUUCCUAAACUUCUCUGACAAAUGAGCAGAUUUGAAAAUACUAUAAGUGACUGCUUCUCUUUGCUCCAUGAGUCAGCUGCAGUUCACUCACCAUACCCUUCUAGGCAACUCAUGAAAGUUUGGGAACUACUGAAGCAUUGCUACAAAAGUUAAGGGUCUAACCAGUUUUUGAAAGUUCAAAAACAUUUGGUGCAAAUAGGACUUCCAUGCCUUAUUCAUAUCGCUAUUACACAGCAAUGCAAAGGUUAGCAUUCUGCUUGCCAAUAGGUACUUUUGUAGUUUUCAGUUUGUGUAUGUCUGACUUGUAUGUGAAAUCAUUUUGUAAAACUCUUGCUUUUGCUAAUAUUUAAUUUUCAAUAAACCUAAAACUUAUAUUUUUUUUAACUUACAACUAUUAUUUUUUUCUGUCUCUGUUGGGCUUUUUAUAUAGCACCUCUGGCCCUAAAGGAUAGUUACCAGAAACCUGAAUUGUUAUAUGUGGAUCACAGUAGUGUCCAAUCCCUACAGCUUGGCUAUGUUCUCUUAUUGGCUCAACAUACAAAAAAAAAAUGGGGGCGGGAAUGGAACAGUCUUUUGAUUCUGUUGUUGGUACUUCAUAAUCAUCAAGGACCUCUUCCUGUAUAAGCCCAUAUCAUUGUUUUAAGGUAUAUAUUUGAUCAAUAAGUACACUAUCCUGAAAUAUUAAGGCCACAUCCAUACAUAGCUUUGCUGCAAUCUGGGAGUCUUGGAACUACCGUAUUUGAGUGGCAUUCAGAGGACACACUUGAUGUUGAUGGAAUGAUCUCUUGGGAGUAAUCUCAGGAAAUGCAGGUCUCUGAAAAUGCAGUGGAAUAGAUUGGCGCCAACUUUUCUGGGUAAUCUGCAGUGAGCAGGUUCUAAGAACAAUUGCAGUUCUACACUGAUACAACCCCAUUUGCCAUCAUACCUACCUACUGUUGCAAGCAGAGAUUGAAAGAUAAAUUUGGGCUUAUUCCAGCAAGCUGAGUCAUGAUGUUAUGCCUCUUAUUGUUGGAAGACCUUAGAGGCAGGUACCUGGACCAGAUUUUUUUUAGUUCAUACAUUGUGCAGUUAUUUGUAUCGUUGCUCGGUAGAAUGAGAUUUUUACCUUUCACCAGUCUUAAUGGGUAAAGCCCUUUAUGACGGAGCAGGAGUGUAUGCUCCAUUUUCGAGUGCAUUGAAAUUCUCAUCCUAUAAUGUUGCUCUUAAUGGAGUCCUUUGCUACUGAAUGAGUUACCAUCAAAUAUUUCUAGGUGGCCACAUGCUAUUCAAUAGUAGGUGACAUGGAACAUGCUGUCAGCUGUGAUGGUUUCUGCUCCCUGUCUUCAGAAAGCUUAUACUUUAAUUCAAAGCAUGAUGGGAAAGAAGUUUAAGUGGAGCUAGGUAAGCAACUGCCUUGCCUUGCCCUUGCCAGCAGCUACAAUGCAUGCACUAUGGCUUAAUUCUUCUGUGGAUCUUGCUCUUGCCCCAUGCAUGUGAGCGGAGAGAUCAUGGUAGUUGCCUCUUAGUAGCCAGCAAGCCCAAUCCGACAUGUGGCCUUACCUUGUUGGGUCUAUUGCUCUGGACUCUCCACCCAUAGCACCCAAGCCUUUAAAAGCAUGUUUUAAAGUUUAAGGUCCCUGGUUAUAUGAUUCUUCUGUUGAGGCUGAGAAGAUUAAAAACAAGGCAGCCCUGAUGUUUGAGCAGACCAAACCAGUCAGCACUGAACCCUUCCUCCAGGUGGGCCUAUUAUGUCUGCACUGUUCCCGUGACUUCAAAGUCCCUCCACCACCCUACUGGGGACAGGAAGUGUCUUAGGUUUUGUUAAAGGAGGAUGCUACCAUGAGACCUGAGGUAAUGCAUCAUUUUGACUCUUCGGACUUCCGAUGAAUUUAGUAGCUUCUCUGCUGUUCCUGCUCCUUUGCCCAAGCAAAUUCCUCCUCCUGCACCAAUAGUCUCUGCAGCUUGCUCCCAACCAAGAGGCCCUACUGGGUUCUAUUUCCCCUGAGCUGUUGCAGGCUGCAUCACAGCCACCUCAGGUGUUGCCAGCUCAGUCUUCCUUACCUAUGGCCUCCCCAUCUCUCCCUAGUACCUCUCGGCUUGUGCACAAGGACAAGGAUGGUUCAGGGUGUGGAAUAUAAGGGUGUUCACAGUAUAAGCUGGUGAGAGCUGCAAGCAAUCUUCCUCACUCUUCAGGCUUUCAGUUGCAUUCUGGGUUUUGUUAGUCUAUUUGCCAAGCCUUGGUCCCUACAGUCAAUAGGACAGCAAAGGCAUAUCUGAAUAUCUUGUUUUUGACCAAAGGCCAAUCUCUUUCCCUCAGAAGCCCAACAUACAUAAGUAUAUAUUUUCUAAUCCAGGCAUAGCCAAACUGGUGCAUUCCAGAUGUUGUGAACUACAGCUGCCAUCCCUGAUAAUUAGCCAGGCUGGCCGAGGCUCAUGGGAGCUCUGAUCGAAAACAUCUGCAGGGUUCAACAUUGGCUACCCUUGUCCCAAGCACUUUUCCAAGGAAGCCAUUGCCAGGUGGACAGUGUAUUCAUAACCCUCUAAGAAGCAGGCAGAUUCUAGAGAGAUUUGAGAGAUGUGUGAUACUGAACAGCUAACAACUGCUUUCCUACUUGAUUUACACUACUGUAUGAUUUAAAAAAAUACACUAGUGAAAGCUUCUUUUAUUCCUAUUUGGUAAACACUUUCCCUCUGAAUACAGACUUCACAAUACUAUCUCUUGAAAUAAUGGCUAGCCUUUCCUCUGCAACAUUGUUGCAUGUUGAACAGGUUCUUAAUUAGAAUCUAGGUUAAGACAGUUGCUGUUAUUGCUAGCUGUUCAAUAGAAACUUUGAGAAUUAACAUUCUGUUCAGGAUUACAAAUCAAUACAGGUAACUAGCUCUGUUUAAUAAGCUAUUAAGAUGGUUCAGUUAAAAACUACUCCAUAAUACUUGUAACAUUUGUGAAGUUCUACAGCUUUCAGAAAACCAAAGAAUAACCUUAUGUGCUUGGAACCUGCAGACUCAUCUGUUUAUGACAGAACUGGUGAGUGUGUUCUUGAGUUAGAAAUGGUAUGCCAGAUUCUGAUAGCUGGCAGAACACAGAACGAAUAAGUGGUUUAUAAAUUGCACUCUCUCAUCUUUUUGUCAGCCUGCUUGAGCGA